AUGGCCGGGCUACAGGUCAACGUUUACGUCGCAAUAUCGGUCACGUGGACCGCUGCAACCACCGCGCUGCUCCUCCGUCUCAAGGCCCGGAGGAUGACGAGGAUGAAGCUGUGGUUUGAUGAUUAUCUAGCGUGUGUAGCAUGGGCGCUUGUUUCGGGAUAUAAUUCUGUUACUAUCUUUUGGACUGCUCGUUAUAUGCUUGGCCAAUCGCUCAGUGGCAUACAAGACCAGACUCACGCAGAUAUGAUAAGGGAAAAGUCGAGAUUCCUCCUCUGGAUUACAGAGCUCCUCUACGCCGCAUCGAUAGCUGCAUCAAAGCUGGCAAUCCUGUCCUUCUACUGGCGCAUCUUCCGCUAUACCUCGAUCCGCAUACCCAUUCUAGUCCUUAUCGCGGCUGUGUCCAUCUGGUUCACCAUCCGGACAUUCAUGGUGAUAUUCCACUGUGCUCCGGUUCAGGCAUACUGGAACAAGACCAUUACGCACGCCCGUUGUUUGGUAAAUCCAUCAACGUUCUUCUUUUGCACGAUUCUUAUCCACUGUUUGAUGGACUGCAUCAUCUUGGUCUUGCCAGUCAUUGAAGUCGCAAAGAUGCAUCUGCCAUGGUCCAAAAAGCUCGCCGUGGUCGGCCUUUUUACGUCUGGAAUCAUAGUCUGCAUUGCGUCAGUCUUUAUACUGAUCCAAGCUAUCCACUAUGACCCCAAUACGAGAGAAUUCCCAAGGGAAAUUGCCCUCAGCAUGAUCUGGGGAGGCGUCGAGAUCAACGUGGCAGUCUUUUCUGGCAAGCAAAGUCACAAAAUCUGCCUUGAGUGA